GACGACGCUCAGAACACUAUACACAAUUGAUUUACGCCGUAAAAUGAUUAAUUUCUACAGGACAAACUUCACSGAGGAUCACGAMAAGACGGACGAUAYAMCGAAGUUUUCCAAGACUCUAUAACAAGUUGUUAUAUAUUCAACCCAAGAAAGAAUUCAGUCUCCAAGUCGUCACUUGCGGUGAGCUGGGAUUGCGUGGUGGGAUUGCUAUUAUCGAGUUGCCUACCAUUGUGGCCAGUCUUUGAGAUCCAUAUUCAGUUGCAUUGGCAAAAAGAGGUUACCGUGUACAGUCAACUGGAAGAAAGGUCGAGUGACCGGAAGUUACCGUUUACUCCCGUGAACAACUAUUUCCGGUGACUACUGCGCAGGUUCUAAAAAACAAGAAACAGAUUAAAGUUGUASUUGUGUGAGGAUGUGGUUGGGAAAUGGCCUGUAACUGUCARCGGAUGGUUUUCUUUGCUUUCUUASUUUUACUCAAGACUUUUGAAAAAGUUUCUGGGGACAGAGUAUCCGUACUUAAUGUCCCCAAUAACAACGGAUGGACAUGGGCAGAUUCUGGGGCCGAGAAGAGGUGGUACCCCCAAAUCGCAAUAUCUAAUAAUGAUAAAUUUUACAUUGGGUGUGAUAUCGCACCCAGCCAACAACGCGACAACGCCUGGUUAAGAAGCGAUGCUAUAAAAGUGAACAAUACCCGCAGGAUCGACGUCACAGUCGAAUAUUCCGCCACGAACUGUUCUGCAAGAACAAAGUCACUUUAUUGCAGGACAAGUUUUGACAUUUACGCUCAUUUAGCAUCAGAGAUGUACACACCGGACAAGAUUCCAGAUCCGUACCUUAAUCCCGGUGCAUAUGAACUUAUAUCAGCUGUAAGUCCCAAAACUCUGGCCUACCCAAAGAUCGAAAAAAUGCAGAACGUAGAGACACAUCCUUUUGAAGUGAAACCGGGUCAUUCGUACGUUUACAUAGCGUUGCACUAUACUGGAGGCUGCUUUGCUGUAUACGGCAUUAAAGCUCAUUAUUAYCARUGCCCUUCGAAGGCACUCUCGAAAAGCCUUAUUCAGCUACCGAGGACUAUGUCACCUCUGAAGGGGUCCAAGCAAGUUAAAGGACUGUGCGCCGAGCAUGCGCAGCCUAAGUCUAACGCUGAUAAUUUGUAUGGAUUUUGCGAGGCUGAGGGCAAGUGGAGYGAGGACUCAUAUAAAGGAUUUUGUCUUUGUGAAGCAGGAUAUCAUGAAGUGUAUACAAGUAAAGGGACAGAGUGUCAAGAAUGUCCAAGUGGGACGUUCAAAAAUGUUGUCAGCAAUAGUAGCUGCUUAACCUGCCCUAAGAGAAGUAAACAAGAAAGUGACAGAACGAGUUGCGAAUGUGAGACUGGGUACUAUAGAUCCGACACGGAAACUAUAUUCGAUCCCUGCACUGAGCCUCCAACAGCWCCWGAAGGUCUCGUCUCRACGUUCCACAAUGCAACGUUUCUCACUAUGGAAUGGUCUCCUCCCAAGCACUUCGGCGGUCGAUCGGAUAUAAACUACGAGGUCGAGUGCAAGCAAUGUGGUAUUGAUGGAAAACAUUGCAAAGAAGAUUGYGAUGACGCGCAUGUGCAGAAGUAUCUUCGAGUUYUGACGAACACCUCGACGCUUGCAACUGUGAAGAAUUUGUCACCUUAUACGUAUUAUCAGUUUAAGGUUUACGCUAAGAACGGCGUUUCUAAGGUGGCCGAAAAUAAUCAAUACAAGGCUCAGUUUGCUAAACUUCUUAUCAGAACAGAGGAAGGAGUACCUGGUAAGCCAGAUAUAACAGUGUCCAAGCCCAUCAACCCAACAACAGUCUAUCUUCGAUGGAAUCUAAAAGAACCAAAUGGUGUUAUCAUAUAUUAUCAAAUCAGCUAUUUCCCAGUAGGGAUGGAAUCCUCUAAAAUGAUUUUCAAUACAACCAACACGAAUGCUACUAUCAAUGGUCUUAAAGGAGGACAAGAAUAUUUCUUUCAGGUUCAGGCAGGCACGAAGUUUGGUCUUGGUAAACCUCGKGGAACCACCCAGAUACUUCCUCCAGGAAAGAAUGAAGCUAUACCGUUUUCUUGGGAAAUUCUCGCAGGCAUUGUUGGUGCGGCAGGUGUCUUCUUAAUUCUAAUUCUAAUCGUCGUCAUCAUAUGUCUGCAUAGGAAGCGAAGGAGAUACAUCCAAGCACGAUCUUCUAGCAUGGAAAAACUAGACGGACACAAGCUGUAUAUCGAUCCUAGUAACUAUGGCAACCCUAUGGAGGCAUUGAUGAGUGUGACAGAAGAGAUUGACAGACGGAGGAUAAAACUAGAGAAGCUGAUUGGUGGAGGUGAAUUUGCAGAAGUUUACAAAGGAUCCUUGAUAUCAUGUGACACCAAGCCAGAAACUGUUGCCAUAAAAAUACUUAAACCAAAAUCAUCUCCAAAGAAUCGCGAAGAUUUUAUUCUAGAAGCUUCAAUYAUGGGUCAAUUCGAACAUCCGAACGUUUUAGGUCUGAAGGGUGUGGUCACGCGAAGCACGGAGACACCCAUGAUGAUUAUAACAGAAUUUAUGGAGAAUGGGUCAYUGGAUCAUUUCUURAAGACGCACGAUGGUCACUUAACAACUCUUCAGCUUCUUGGGAUAGCUCGAGGCGUGGCAGCUGGUAUGGACUAUUUAUCCGCAAUGGGCUUCAUUCACAGGGAUCUGGCAGCCCGUAAUAUUCUUGUGGCUGACAACAUGGCAAGUAAAGUCGCUGAUUUUGGKUUGUCACGUGAGUUGGAUGACAGUGAAGAUAAUCCCGACUCAGAAUACCAGACACAGGGUGGUAAGAUUCCAGUACGCUGGACAGCACCGGAAGCUAUUCGAUACCGGAAGUUCAGUUCUGCUAGUGAUGUGUGGAGCUUUGGAAUUCUUUUAUGGGAAAUUAUGGCUUUUGCUGAAAGACCUUAUUGGGAGUGGGAUAACUUCCAGGUUAUGGACAGAGUAGAGUCCGGCUAUCGUCUCCCUGCACCAAUGAACUGUCCCAGAGCCAUUCAUAACCUAAUGCUUGAUUGCUGGGACGCAGAGAAGAACAACAGACCAAAGUUUCCAGAUAUAGUCAAACAAAUCGACGACAUGAUUCGUUCACCAGAGAAAAUGCAGAAUGGAUUGAAUCAUUUUCAUUCAAUAAAUAAUAGCUAUAACACCAAUUUCCACGAUGUCCAUACGAUUGAGGAUUGGCUGGGUAGCAUCAACAUGGCCCGGUAUGCAACACACUUUGCUAACGCUGGAUAUAUGGACCUUGGUCACGUGAAAUCCCUUGAGGAAGAAGAUUUGUCAAGAAUUGGUGUCAAGCUUAUUGGCCAUCGAAAUAAGAUCAAUAAGAGCAUUAAGGCGAUGAACAACUGA